AACGAAAGGCAAUCACCGCACUUCCGUUGCUCAUGACGCCGGAGCGAAGUUGUGACAGCUGAUUUUUCUGUGAGGGUAUAUCCACUCACAGUCCUCAAAUCCCCUGCGUGGACAGGACUCAGGAGUCGGCUGUGCCUGCAACAGUCUGCGGCUGGAGUUGCAGACGGCGGCUUGAACAGCAGAGGAGGCUGUCUGGUUGAUUAUGGUGUAGCACGGAGCGCUAGCUUUGUGACAGCAGCCAUCUGAGCAGUGGUGUGGUGCAGUGUAGCAGCGUGGGGCAGACCGAGGCAGGUCACAGCACCGGAGCUAUGCUUACAUUGGCCAGCAAACUGAAGAGGGAUGAUGGAGGAAGGACUGGCCGGGCCUCAGGAGCCUCCGACUCCACCCACAGAGUGUCCAUCAGGGACCGCCUCCUUACCAAAGAAGUUGCAGAACUUGAAACCAAUCUCCCCAGUACGUGCAAAGCCAGUUUCCCAGAUGAGGACAAGCUGCAUCAUUUUCAGCUGGCAGUGUCUCCUGAUGAGGGUUACUACCAAAGUGGAAGGUUUCAGUUUGAAAUAGAUGUUCCCGAAGCCUAUAACAUGGUGCCUCCUAAAGUGCGAUGUCUGACCAGAAUAUGGCAUCCGAACAUCACGGAGAAUGGAGAGAUUUGUUUGAGCUUACUACGGGAACACUCGAUUGAUGGCACAGGCUGGGCCCCCACUAGAACAUUAAAGGAUGUGGUCUGGGGACUGAACUCCUUAUUUACUGACCUGUUAAACUUCGAUGACCCACUGAACAUCGAUGCAGCAGAGCAUCAUCUGAGGGACAAGGAGGAUUUCCGGAAUAAGGUUCAAGAUUACAUCAAGCAUUAUGCCAGAUGAUAGAACCAGCUUACAUCAGCCCGCACCAAUCAACCAAACUACUCUACCUUGCCGCCGCUUAUCAUGGCCAACUCCCUGAUGUGUGUGAAUCAACAGCUGACUCUGACUCUCUCACCUCUUCCUCUUGACAACGUAGCUCUGACUACGUGACUGCACCCCUUCUCUGUUCAUCCACUUGCAAUAAACUCCAUCUUACAGGAAGAAAGUUUAAAGAAAAACAAAAAAAAACAA